AUGGUCUGCAUUUCCGCUCCCCAACGCCGCUGUCAUCUCGCCCCCGUCCGACCGCGCGCGAAAGGGGAGGGGGGUGGUAGGGCGCGGAACAUGCCGACUCCGCGCCGCACCAUGAACGAUAGCGAUAUAGGAGAUGACCAUCGUGCGCGUUACUGUGGGACGCAAGCGAAGGUCGGCGGGACGUUGUGGCGCCAUGUCUUGGUAGGGGCGCCAGCAUCUUCUUUUUUUCCUCCUCGGCGAUCCUUUACCCUCGUUCGGUCGGUCGGGUGUUUGGAAAUUGUCCCUGUUUCCGGUGAGGCGCGCGAGCGCAGGGGCGAGGGCGAGGCGAGGAAGCGGUUGUGUGAUAACCGACAAACAUUGUCGGCCCGCCGCCGUGGUUGGAAAUCGGUCUCCGCGGGAAGCGCCCAGCAACGUGGGGGAACAGGUGACGGCGCUCAGGGCAGGGCAAUGCAGCAACCAGCAACCAGUAACCAGCAACGACGGCAUGGGUCCCAACCCCCAUGGUCACCACCGUCCAUCCACAGCCCUGGUCCCCCAAUCACAGCGUCAGGCCAGGGCCCCGGUUUUCCUGGCCCGACCACAGGGCCUAUUGCAAGGGUGAGGAGGCGGGAGUGGGGCGGCCAAUUGAGCACGGGCGAAGAUGCCAAACUCUGGCUCGCGCCUGGCCAUUGGACGGUCGGGAGCGGCAUAGCACGUGCGCGGUAUUACUGA